UUUGGCUUGAAUUUUGCUUUCCAAAGAGAACCAACUUCAAGAUGUGGAUCUUGCCGUAUCAGCAGCUCCUCCUCAGCUUUUGCCUCCUCAGCACAUUGAUGCCCAGUGAAUCCUUUUUCGUCAGAGAUAAAAUUCAUAGAGUUCGCGAAAGGCUCAGAAGUCUUAUUACACCCCCAGUAGUUGAAUCUGGCUUGAUUACAGUAGAGCACCCUCAUUUGAUUAAAAUAGAUCCGCAUCAGGUGUAUAACGAAAAAAAGCCUCAGGUGAUUGAAAUACACCAUCAAUUGAUCCACGGACAGAAUCCUUCGAUAAACCAUAUUGGAAUUCAUCCAUUUCCGAUAAUUAAGAAUCCCGGUAUCACAUACGAACAUCGACCAAAUUCCAUUAUUGUUCCAGGAAUCGGAUACCAUGAAUCUGUGAACUCAUUAAAUACUAACCAACAAAUUUCGCAGUCGCAAAAUCAGCUGACCAGCCAAAGUCAAAUGGCACAAUCUCUGACGAAUCAGCAAAUUAUUUCGUCGGGAAAUUCGAUGGGACGAGGCUCAAUAAUGCCAGUGCUCCAUCCAUCCUUAGGAUAUCAAAAUAAUAUCCAACAACAGUUGCAGUCACAAAAUCAACAGGCCAACUCAGGACAAUCACAAUUACAAACACAAUCACAAUUACAAGCUCAGCAAUUGUUCCACGGUGCAAAUAAUAUUCAGUCUCAAAAACAGCUUCAAAAUAAUUUUAACAUUCGAUUGGAUAUACCAAGAUUAAGCGAAAACCAAAAACGGAUUGAGCUUAGCCCAGUGAUUACAAAUCCUAAUGUGUUCAUUAUUCCUCGGGAUGGAGGUCUUAAUAUUUCGCCAGAAUUGCAGUUGCGAUUGGAUAACCUGAAACAGGCAUUAUCACAAUCACAGUUACAGUCACAGUCCCAGUCACAAUCGCAGUCGCAGCAACAGCAACAGCAACAACAACAGCAACAGCAACAACAACAGCAACAACAACAGCAAAAACAACAGAAACAACAACAGCAACAACAACAGCAACAGUCGCAGUUGCAAAUUCUUUUGCAACCACAAAAAUUACGGGAGCAGCUGGAGUUGAAUAACAUGAAAGAGUCAUUGCCAAAACAUCAGCCACAGUCACAGUUACAGUCGCAGUCACAGUCGCAGUCACAAACGCAGUCACAGUCGCAGUCACAAACGCAGUCACAGUCGCAGCAAAAUUUACAGGGUUUACAGAAUCCCUUGUUAAUCAGACCACUGCAAAUAUCAAAUGGGUUCCACCUGCCAUUCUUUGAAAAAAAAUUACGUUUAAGAAAUGAAUUGAAAUUCCGAGACUUGAUGAGUGAGCUUAGAAAAUUGCAAAACUUGUUGCAGCAACACACCCAAGGUCAACGCCACCUAGAACUAUUGCAGCUUCAGAAGCAAUUGCAGGUCCGAUUGCAGGAGCAAUUACUGAAACAGGCACGGGAUGAAAUACUAAUAAAGUCACCAAACAGGAUGCAAGGUCUGCUCUGGAGACAGUAUGAACAGUUGCAAUAUGAACAGACACAAAGGGAAAGGAAGCGACAAGCAGUUGCAAGGGAAAUAGAGGAUCAACAGCGUCGAUCACAUGAGGAGCUAGCUAAACAACAAAUACUUAUGCAACAAUUAAAGAACCAACAACAAAUGGAUAAAAUACAGGAAGAAAUACUAAAACAGCAACAGAUAGAGAAACAACAUAAAGAGAUGCAAUUAUUGAAAGAUGCACAGUUAAAAGAGCAUCAAUUGAUAAUACAACGGCAAGUUCUGGAGAAACAGCGUGAGAUGAUGAAACGUCAAUUGAAAGAACUUCAAAUCAGGAAUGAACAAAAUCAAUUGGAAGCGCAUCAACGAAUAUCGGGGAACCAAGAGCAACCGCAGACACAGACUCAACAGCUUGGUGGCUUAAACUCACAGUCACAGUUACAGUCACAGUCUCAACAGCUUGGUGGCUUAAACUCACAGUCACAGUUACAGUCACAAUCACAAAAUAAUAUUCAAGGUUCUGCGUCACAGCAACAGCCACAGCACCAGGUUCAAAGUAAUCUAGUUGGUGGUGCCAUACAAAGUCUGCCACAACUAAAUGAGCAGAAUUCGGCAUUGCAAAAACAGUCACAAACACAAAUGCAAUCACAAGAUCAAUCACAAAACCAAGCACAAAUGCAAGCUCAAAAUCAAAUACUAGCUGAUGCUCAAAAUUCUGGAUCACUAGUUAGCUUCCAGUUGCUGAAUGAACAGAGUCUUUUGAAUUCAGCAUCAGGACUGUCGGGGUCUUCCCAUUCCUCCCACUCAUCGUCAUCGUCAUCGUCAUCAUCAUCAUCGUCUUCGUCGUCGUCGUCAUCGUCGUCAUCGUCUAAUUCCCAAUUACAGAACGGUGGAUCCGCUUUACUGAACGUAGUGGUCGGUUCAAAACGUUAAGAGCUUUGGCGCUAAACUGAAGCUACAAUAAUCUAAUCACAUAAUUAAAAUGAAUUCAAGCUCUUAUAUGCUUUGUCGAUUCAAUAUUACUAACAGCUAAUAAACAUAUGUUUUUAAUUUUCUCA